AUGUCGCAUGCGCAGAUUCCCCAGGUUGUGAGCUUCCUGAACUUGCAGCAUGAGGUGGGCGAUGCGAAGGGGAAGCAGCUUCCAUCUGGAUCCCUCCGCGGGCGAGACAUGCAUCGCCUGUUACGUCCUGCUGUUCCAGAGGAAGAGGGGCCAGUGAAGCCAGUGCAGCACAGCCGGAUGUUCAUCCCUUUCCUUGGAAGGGCGGAUUCUGCAAGCAAGGAUGGGUCCGAGCCGCCCAAGCAGGAGUAUGAGUUACAGCUGGAUGAAGAGGUCUUAGCACGUGCGCAUGUAGCACUUGUCCGGGAAGUCCGGGCAGGCAACGACUUCCGAGUUCAAGAGAUUCUGCAAGUUACACCAGGAGUUCGGAGAGAUCUUCUGCAGCGCAGGGAUGCAGAUGGGAACACUGUGCUGCACCUCGCCGCCAACAUGCCUUCCAAUGAAGAGGGGGCUACAGUCCUUUCAUACCUCCAGUAUUCCAGCGCAGAUCUGGAGGCUAAGAAUAUGCUUGGCGAGACUGCUUUGGUCUUAGCCGUUCGGCAGGCGUUGGACAAGUCUGGGCCAGAAGCCCUGAAGCUUAUAUCCUGCCUGCUGAAGGGGCGAGCCGAUCCUAAUACAACGGAUCUCCUCAACAAGGAGACUCCCCUCAUGGAAGCUGCAUGCUGCGGCUGUAAGGCUGUUGCCCAGCUGCUCCUGGACUUUAAGGCGGAUGUGGCCAAGGCCACUGACACAGGGUCCACAGCCUUGGACUUUGCCACCAGUGAAGGCCACAGCAAUCUGGUCAAGAUCCUCGUCGCAGCAGAGGCACGAGCCCGAGACCCGAAGGAUCUCUGGGAAGCGCCGUUUGCCACUACCAUGGGCUUCGGCACCUGGAGCUCAGGGCUCGAAAGCAAACAUGAGUCACAGUGUGGGCAGGCUGAAUCGACGGAGCCAGAGCAGCCCAAGAAGAGCAAGCCGCCCAUGCGCGCGCCCACCUUCGCGCCCAACAUCUUCGCUUGCGGGCCUCAGAUACGAAGCCGCCUCUUCGUUGAGAGCGCCGGGGAGUUCACGGAGUUUACAGAUGCCAGCUACAUGGGCUAUGCGGCCGCGGGCCCAAAGGCACCUGCGCCUCCCAAGGCCCCCCCUCGCCGGGGCGAGCUGCGAAUCUGGGAGCACGGGCUUUCAGAGCACUUCGCGACGCUUGGCCUCCAGGCUGGGGCCACUGUGGACGAUGUACGUGCUGCUUACCGCAAGCUGGCCCUGCAGUACCAUCCUGACAAGAACCAGGGGAGCCAAGAAGCCUCGGAGAAGUUCCGGCAGGUGAAGCGCGCCUAUGAGCUCCUUUCCGCACGCUUCGCGCGCGCAGCCUAA